GUUACUAGGAAUAAUAUAUAGACGCCGCAUUUUUCUACACCUCUGCACACUUACUCCACUGGAAUCCACCACAGACGCAACUCAGGCUUUGACUGACAGAUGUUUCUCAGCAGUGUCCCAGGUCGGUCUCAGCAAAAAAAAGAGAAAAAAAAUGAAUGUGUUUGAUGACCACUGUUGGUAUUUUAGGAGAGAGUUUGGGAGGCUGGAUUAGACGAUGCUGGGAAUGGAUGGAUGAGUACAGUUUCUUGGCUGUCUCCGUCUCGUUUCUUUUACCUGCUCAAAAACUCCUCUACUUUUGCACUCUUUCUUUCCGCUGUCAACAUGACAGCCUUCGACUUCACGGAUGUAGAGGCGUUUUUGGACAGCCACCCGGAUCUGUUCGAGGAGUAUCUGGUCCGGAGAGCCAAAUGCGAUCAGGUGAGCAGGUGGCUGAAGGAGCACCAGCCGUCCAAAGUGUCCGCAUCCGAGGAGAGGCGCGCCGCCGCCACGGACCCGCUCUGGCCGAGCAGCUCCGAUGCACUCCGGCGCAGGUCGUCUCACAUGGAGCUGCGGCGGAACUUCGCCCGCUCCAAAGCCACAACCGCGCACCGCACAUACGACGAGCAUGUGAGCCUGAGCGAGCACGAGUCCCAGUCGAGCAUGAGGCGCCGUGCGCUCCUGCGCAAAGCCAGCUCGCUGCCUCCGACCACCGCGCACAUCCUGAGCGCGCUGCUGGAGUCCAGAGUCAACGUCCCCCAGUACGCGUCCAGCGCCAUCGACUACAAGUACAGACUCAAAGAGACCAACGAGAGGGAGUUCUUCCUGGAGCUGGUGAAGGACAUCUCCAACGAGCUGGACCUGACGAACCUGAGCUAUAAAAUCCUGAUCAACGUGUGCAUCCUGGUGGAUGCGGACAGGUGCUCGCUCUUUCUCGUGGAGGGACCCGCUCACAAGAGGACGCUGGUGUCAAAGUUCUUCGAUGUGCACUCAGGCACCACGGUCAGACCCUCGUCCAGCACUCUGAACUCCAAUGAAGUGCAAGUGCCGUGGGGGAAAGGAAUCAUUGGCUAUGUGGCAGAGCAUGGGGAGACCGUCAACAUCUCUAAUGCAUACGAGGACCACCGCUUCAGUGACGAGAUUGACAAGUUAACCGGCUACAAGACUCAGACCAUCCUCUGCAUGGCCAUCUGCAACAGUGAUGGAGAAGUCAUUGGUGUUGUGCAAGCUAUUAACAAAAAUCCAAUGGGCAACCCAUUUACAGAGGACGAUGAAAAGGUGUUGCAGAUGUAUCUGCCAUUCUGUGGAAUAUCGAUUUCCAAUGCCAAGCUAUUUUCGGAGUCUCGCAAGGAGUACGAACGGAGCAGGGCGUUGUUGGAGGUGGUCAACGACCUGUUUGAGGAGCAGACCGACCUGGAGAAGAUCGUCAGGAAGAUCAUGCAGAGAGCGCUGACGCUGCUGCAGUGCGAACGCUGCUCGGUACUUCUCCUAGAGGAUAUCGACUCACCCGUGGUGAAGUUCUCCAAGACAUUUGAACUGAUGUCUCCUUUGUGCAACAUGGACAGAGACAUCAGCAUGGAGAAGUUAUCCUGCUCUGACUGGCUCAUCAACAACAGCAUCGCUGAGCUGGUGGCUUCCACAGGGCUGCCUGUUAACAUCAGUGACGUUUGUCAGGAUCCACGCUUUGACACUGAGGCAGAUCAGGCAUCGGGUUUUCACAUCAGGUCUGUGUUAUGCGUCCCGAUCUGGAACAGAACUCACCAGAUAAUCGGUGUUGCACAAAUCCUGAACCGCCUGGACAGGAAGACAUUUAAUGAUGCAGAUCAGAGACUGUUUGAGGCAUUUGUGAUAUUCUGUGGACUUGGAAUCAACAAUACUAUGAUGUACAAUCAAGUUAAGAAGACAUGGGCCAAGCAGUCUGUAGCAUUGGACAUGUUGUCUUACCAUGCUACCUGCUCCAAGGUGGAAGUUGACAGACUGAAGGCUGCAAAGAUUCCCCUGAGCAGUGAGCUGGGCAUCGAUGAGUUCCACUUCAACGAUUUUUCGCUGGACAAUGACGCGAUGAUCACGGCGUCGCUCAGGAUGUUUCUGGAACUCGGUGUGGUUCAAAAGUUUAAAAUUGACUAUGAAGUUUUGUGUCGCUGGCUGCUCACAGUGAGGAAGAACUAUCGAACUGUGGCGUAUCACAACUGGAGGCACGCUUUCAACGUGUCGCAGUGCAUGUUUGUCAUGAUCACAUCAAUGACUUGUAUGCAGACCGCCACUUUCCAGGACGUGCUGUCAGAUGCAGAGAUUCUGGCCCUGAUGGUCGGCUGCUUGUGCCACGACUUGGACCAUCGAGGCACCAACAAUGCAUUUCAAGCCAAGACCGGUUCUGCUCUGGCCCUGCUCUAUGGGACGUCAGCAACCCUGGAGCAUCACCACUUCAACCACGCUGUCAUGAUCCUGCAGAGCGAGGGACACAACAUCUUUGCCAACCUCAGCUCUAAAGAGUACAGCAACAUGAUGCAACUAUUGAAACAGGCCAUUCUCUCCACAGACCUUACUUUGCACUUUGAGCGCAGAACCAAGUUCUUUGAGCAUGUUUUGUCAGGAGAAUUCAGCUGGGCAGUGGAAGAACACAGAGAAGUCCUCAGAUCCAUGCUGAUGACUGCAUGUGAUUUGGGCGCUGUCACUCGUCCUUGGGAGGUAUCAAAGCAGGUUGCCGAGUUGGUAACAAGCGAGUUCUUUGAACAAGGUGACAGGGAGCGGUCGGAGCUGAAGCUAACACCAGCAGCCAUCUUUGACCGUAAUCGCAAAGACGAGCUGCCUGCCUUACAGCUCGAAUGGAUUGAUGGGAUCUGCAGGCCACUUUAUCAGGCGCUGCUGAAGCUGAACAGGAAGUUAAAGCCGAUGGUGGAUGGAAUAAAUGGGAACAGAAAGAAGUGGCAGGAACUCUGCUUGUCCGACCAACAGACAAGAAGAGCCUCGGUCUCCAGCCAGAAUACUGACCCGGGUCAGAAUACCGAGUUCAGUGACGACGCAGAAACCAGCGAUUUUCUAGAGAAAGCAGGGAAAACUGCCCAGAUUAAAAAUGCAGAGUUUGGGUCAAAAUCUGAUUGCCGAGAGGUUUUGAGGUACAGAGCAAACAAAGAGACCUGUCACGACACAGGAAACAACAAAACGGUCCCUGGAAGAAGUAAAGCAGGGAGGUUGUAAUAAAUAACAUAAAAUUUUCUGCUAUCUUCUAACACAGGCGUCCCCCUGAACUGAUAGGGUGAAAUAAAAUGCAGAGUUCAUCAGCGGAGCCUGCUGCUGCGUCACUGUGUUAACCUCAGGAACAAUGGGAUGAACCCCAUUUGAUCAUAAGUCUAUUUAAAGGGCAGUGUUCUUACAAAAGAAGGGAUUUCAUCACUUCACUAAGAAGAGUCCUGAAGUUGUAUGAUUUGUAAAAACUCUCUCCUGAUCAAAAACCUUUAAAACCAUCAAAAGAAAUCACUGUGAACUGUCACACAAAGCAAACUGCACACCAAUCUGCAUCCCUGGUAAAGAGGUUUUCAAAGACAUGGAUCUUUCACUGCAGCAGCAUAAAUUAACACAGGAAGUUUAGGAAAAAUACAGUAUUAACUGCAGAACUCCCAUGUUCAGUUUUAAUCAUUUUUGUACCAUCAAAUGUACCACAAUAAUUUCUUUACCCUAUGCUGUCAACACUACAGUCUCUAGAUCAUCGCGAGUCCCCGGUCCUUUCUGAUGCUGUCUUCUCGUCUCCUCACCCCACAGUGUGACCUUUUAGAUGUUGAUUUGGUCAUUUGGUUUGCAUAUUUAUUCUGCUAAAAGAUGCAGUGAUGGCCCAUUUUCAGUUUAUUGGUAAAGGCAACUGGAUGUUUACUUAAAACGCCCUGGGCUUUAAUAAAUUCAUCAUGCCAUGCAUGCUAACAAGGUUUCCAGGGAGUUUGGAAGAGGAACAUACCACAUUGCUGUCAAUGCAGUAUGACACCACUGUAUGAUUAAUGCAAUGACCCAAAAAGAUGACUUUGAUUUAAUUAUUUUUAUGAAUCUUUACCAGGGUAUGUCAGCAAGUGUGGAGGGCUCUGUAAAUCCUGUCGUAAAUGUAGACUGAACCAUGAUCAUGGUCAUGAAUGUCAUAUCUGGGCUGUAUUGCUUUAGUUAAAAAAAAAUAUUUGCCUGCAUGAUCUUACAGUAUUGUUCUUUGACAGCCGGCUGGUUCACAGAGUUGCAUGUGAUCAUUCUUGCCUUGCAGCAUAAAUUCUCUGUAGAUCAGUGAAUCAAAAUUGUGUUGACUGCUUGUGCAUCACCUUUAAAUUUUCCUCAAAACGUCAAGACAGGAAAAUUCAAAUGAUUCUGAGACGCAUUUUGAGAUUGUACAAAAUAUAUGAAAUAAUUUAUUUGGAGCAAGCGAUGUUUUCUGUUUUUGAUUUCAGUUCAAUAUUUAAACUGCUGCUGUUUUCCCGAGUCUCGCUCUGACACUUUCCGUCAGAAGAUUUCUGUGAUGCUUAAGUAAAACAAUUCUUCUGUUUUAUUUGUAUGUAGAGUAUAUCUUUGUUUGCGAAUGCAUGCCGGUUACGUUGUUACUGCAUGUUCGAUGUCAUCUUGAUGCCUUUGAUUGCCACAAGAGAUUUGCUUUGCAUGCAGUCAUACUGGUAUUGUGUGUUCUGAUAUCUUAUAGUGUUGCUGCUCUGUUGUUGUUGGCAAGAACAGCCUGAAAUGUCUACUUUGAGCUGCAACCUUUAUCCAAAUUAUAAACUAGUGAGUUUUCAUAUGCUGGAUUUAUAACAACUCCUUUAAAAAUAGCUUCCUAAACAGGACAAGGAUGUGAUUUAUGUAAGAGAAGAGGAAAUCUGAAUGACUGAAAUGCCUUUGAUUUGGAAACUGAUGGAUGGGGCUUAAAAAAAAGGAAAGCCAAGAUGUGAUAAUUGAUUUUAUUUUUUGUAUAAAACAGGUCUCAGUAGAGUUUAUGUUCAAAACUGUGACAAUUAUGCUGAUACCCACAGCAAUCUGAAUCAGGGCUUGAAAUGAAAGUGUCAUGUAAUUCUCUAAAUCUAAAGGUGGGAUGGUGCCUUGAAGUGUAAUACCAAUCAUGUCCACAAGUGGUUGGCAAUUUUUUUUUUUUUUAAUAAACAAUGUCAUUUAAAAUGCAUUGAGUUAUAUAAUUUAAUGCCAAAGUAAAUACAUUUUUCUUUGAGCUUAGUUGUUAUAUUAACUGAGUUCACUCCUACUUAUGAGUAAGCUAGUGGACCAAAUGGCUAUUUAAAAAAAUAAAGAGACGGCAGAUCUGGAAGGUUGUGCUGGGGUGAUGACCAGAUUGAUUGUCACCUUAACAUCAGGAAGUUAAUUUACCUUAAAAGUACGUCAUGACUGUUGUCAUUAUUGCUGGCAUUUGCAAUGUAUCUUCCACGUACAACCUUUCCUGAGAAUUUGACUUGAUUAGGUUUUAGUUAACUGUACUAUGUUUGUACUGUUAAUAAUUUGGUAUACUGGACUGCUGAUGACUGAGCUGAUGCAUUAUCCAGUAUUUUAUGUAAGUAAAUGCUUAUUUUCUUAAGG